AUGGACCUCACUGGAUUGGAUGUGUACCGUGCCUGCUUUCCUGCUACGAAACGUGACAUGGCACAGAAACAUAAGAACUGUGUUGGAUCCAGUGUGUUUCCAAAGAAUCAGGUUUACCGGGCACAGGGAGCCGAGCAUGCACAGCAGCAAAUCGCUGCCUUUUCCCUGGUGAAGAACAGCAGCCAGGAGCAGGAACAUGUUACCAAACCAGCUUAUGUCACCUCUGCUGCCUGUCCUGCUGCUGCUGCCUUGGAGUGUCUGGAGAGGGGCUACAGGCUAGAAGCUUUAUCCUGGAUAAAAUCAUGGGUAGAUAAGAUGCAAGAAGAUCUUGUAACAUUAGCACGAACUGCAAGCGGAGUGGACCAGCUUGCUGAGAUUUAUUUGAAAAACAGAGAUUUGUAUACUGUAGAAGCCAACAACCCUCGUCAGCUAGUGGAAAUUGCAGCCAGAGACAUUGAAAAACUUCUGAGUAACAGGUCUAAAGCCUUGGUGCGCCUCGCUAAAGAAGCAGAGAAGUACCAAGCAUCACAUCAGUGGAGGGAUGAGUUUGGGAAUAAUGAUAUAAUCUAUUAUAAUGCAAAAGAUGAUCAGAAUGAUCCUGAAAAGAAUGACACUGAAUCUGGCAGCCAGAGAAUCAGACCAGUAUUUGAAGAUGAUCCUGUUUUCCGACGGCAAACAUCUUACCAACAUGCAGCAGUCCACAUACCAACAGAUAUUUAUGAAGGCUCUACGAUAGUGUUAAAUGAACUCAACUGGACUGCAGCGUUGGAUGAUGUAUUCAAGCGGAACAGAGAAGAAGACCCCACCUUGUUAUGGCAGGUUUUUGGCAGUGCAACUGGCCUCGCUAGGUAUUACCCAGCUUCCCCAUGGGUAGAUAAAAGUCGAACUCCAAACAAAAUAGAUCUGUAUGAUGUUCGCAGAAGACCAUGGUAUAUCCAAGGAGCUGCAUCUCCCAAAGACAUGCUUAUUUUAGUUGAUGCGAGCGGGAGUGUCAGUGGAUUGACAUUGAAGCUGAUCCGCACCUCAGUCAUUGAGAUGUUAGAGACCUUGUCCGACGAUGACUUUGUGAAUGUAGUUUCAUUUAACAAUAAUGCCCAGAACGUCAGUUGCUUUAAUCAUCUUGUCCAAGCUAACGUGAGGAACAAGAAGAAGCUGAAAGAAGCUGUCUAUAAAAUCUCUGCUAAAGGAAUCACAGAUUACAAGAAAGGCUUUAGCUAUGCUUUUGAACAGCUGCUAAAUCACAGUGUCUCUAGAGCUAACUGCAAUAAGAUUAUUAUGUUGUUUACGGAUGGUGGUGAAGAAAGAGCACAGGAAAUUUUCCAUAAAUAUAAUGAAGACAAAAAAGUACGUGUGUUCACAUUUUCUGUUGGUCAACAUAAUUAUGACAAAGGACCCAUACAGUGGAUGGCCUGUGAAAAUAAAGGUUAUUACUAUGAAAUUCCAUCCAUUGGAGCCAUAAGAAUAAAUACCCAGGAAUAUCUGGAUGUUUUGGGAAGACCAAUGGUUUUAGCUGGAGAGAAAGCCAAACAAGUCCAAUGGACAAAUGUUUAUCUGGAUGCUCUGGAGCUGGGCCUUGUGAUUACAGGAACUCUACCUGUCUUCAAUCUAACAAAGGAACAAAAUGGGAAAAUAAAUCAGCUGAUUCUUGGAGUAAUGGGGGUUGAUGUCUCUUUGGAGGACAUAAAAAAACUGACACCCCGAUUUACGCUUUGUCCAAACGGAUACUAUUUUGCAAUUGAUCCUAAUGGGUAUGUGCUACUUCAUCCAAAUCUCCAACCAAAGCAAAUUGGUGUGGGCAUACCAAAAGUUAAAUUGAGAAAAAGGAGACCCAAUGUGCAGAAUCCUAAAUCCCAGGAGCCUGUUACACUGGAUUUUCUAGAUGCUGAAUUGGAAAAUGAUAUUAAAGUAGAGAUUCGGAAGAAAAUGAUAGAUGGAGAAAGUGGGGAAAAAACAUUUGAAACACUGGUCAAGUCCCAAGAUGAGAGAUAUAUUGAUAAAGGAAACAGAACAUAUACAUGGACUGCUGUGAAUGGCACUGAUUACAGUUUGGCAUUGGUGUUACCAUCAUACAGCUUUUAUUAUAUUAAAGCCAAAAUAGAAGAACCAAUAACUCAAGCCAGAUAUACAGAAACAUUGAAGCUUGACCAUUUUGAUGAAGCUGGCUAUACGUUUAUAGCACCAAGAGAAUACUGUAAUGAUGUAAAAAAAUCAGAAAACAACACAGAGUUUCUAUUAAAUUUCAAUGAAUUUAUUGACAGAAAUACUCCAAGCAGUCCGUCCUGUAAUACUGAUAUGGUCAUCAGAGUUUUGCUGGAUGCAGGAUUUACAAAUGAACUUGCUCAAAAUUAUUGGAGUAAACUGUCCCUUGAUGGAGUUGUUGCACAAUUUGUUGUUACAGAUGGUGGAAUUACUAGAGUGUUCCCCAAAAGGGCAGGAGAAGAUUGGUUGGAGAAUGCUGAAACUUAUGAAGUCAGCUUCUAUAAACGGAGUUUAGAUAAUGACAACUAUAUUUUUACAGCUCCGUACUACAACAAAAGUGGUGCCAAUAGCUAUGAAACAGGCAUCAUGGUAAGCAAGGCUGUGGAAAUAACAAUUAGUGGGAAGCUUCUGAAACCAGCAGUUGUUGGAAUAAAAAUUGAUGCAACCAGCUGGAUGGAAAAUUUCACAAAAACCACAAUCAAGAGCCUGUGCAACAGUGAAAUCUGUGGCUGUGAGAGAAACAGUAUGCAUGUGGACUGUGUUAUCCUUGACGAUGGUGGAUUUCUUUUGAUGUCAAAUCGAGAUGAAUAUACACAACAGAUUGGAAGGUUCUUUGGCGAAAUUGAUCCUGGCCUGAUGCGAAACCUGAUUAACAUGUCCCUGUAUGCCUUUAACAAGUCGUAUGACUAUCAAUCGGUCUGUGAUCCCGAAGAAGAACCAAAGCAAGGAGCUGGACUUCGUUCUGCUUAUGUGCCUACGAUAACAGAUAUUUUGCAUCUAGGAUGGUGGGCUUCAGCAGCUGCCUGGUCUAUCUUACAGCAGCUGUUUUUGAGCUUGACUUUUCCACGUUUUCUUGAGGCAGCUGAUAUGGAAGAUGAUGAUUUUGGUGCCGCCCUGCCUAAAACAAGCUGUAUCACUGAGCAAACUCAGUAUUUCUUUGAAAAUGAUGAUAAAUCUUUUAGUGGGAUUGUAGACUGUAUAAACUGCUCCAGGCUUUAUCAUGCAGAGAAGAUUUCAAACACCAAUCUAGUAUUCAUUAUUAGUGACAGCCAACUGCUGUGCCGCUCCUGUGACCCAAAGCCACUGAUGCAAGCGGAGAAGCCGGAUGAAGGGCCAAAUCCUUGCGAAAUGGUCAAACAACCUAGAUACAGAAAGGGUCCUGAUGUCUGUUUUGAUGAAGCCAAACAGGAAGAUUCGGCCGACUGCGGUGGUGUCUCUGGUCUGAGUCCAUCACUGUGGUCUAUGGUAGGAAUUCAGUUGGUCCUGCUUUGGCUGUUAUCUGGCAGCAGACACUGCCAGUUAUGACCUUGCUAAACCAAAACCUGCGUAACUUAGUCAAGACCCGGCCAAAAUGAUAGCCUCAGUUUCAUUUGAAAAAGGGUCAGCUAUUCAGACAGCAGCAGAACAGCAGUGCUCGUGUCUGGUUAUCACUUGUUGUGAGACUUGUAAAGGCACCCACGGUGGCUGCAUGUUGGAGUGUUGGAUCCUUAAACGUGUGUGAAAGCUGCAUCAUCUAUGCCAUCUGAACAGACUUCUGUACGUGCUCCAUUGGGGAAUCUAAGAUUUUUUUAUUUAUUUGUUUGUUGUUGUAAUCUUGAUGACUUCAUGUAAAAGGGCUCCCCUGACAAUAGCUUAUGUAUAUGAUUUUCAUUUCUUUUAAGCUUUGGAUAUCUUGAAGAUUUCUAUUCUUUUAGAUGAACAGUUAAUUAAAA